AUGCAGUUCAGAGGGAUUAUAAGCUACCUUAGAUUAUGUUCUUUGGUUCAAGCCAAAGAAUGGGUCAACUGUGUUGAGAUCAUCAAUAAAGAGCUACAUUCUAUACCGCAUCAACUACAGGAUCAAGUCCAGUAUAUAAGAGCCUUCUGUCUAUAUCACCAUGGCAACUUCACUGAAGCCUUAGAUGCCUGUCAGCGUCUGACUGAGAUUAUCUCCAAAGAUUGUGUCUCUGUCCAAGUAUACAACCUUAUGGGAUGCUGUCUUAGGCAAAUGGGCAAACCUCAUAUGGCACAGCAGCAGUUCAGGAAAGCUCUUACAAGCUGUUCAAUCAUUCCACCACCCUCCCUCUUCAACCUGUCUGUCACCUAUAGAGAUCUGGGGGAUGAAGAUGCAGAAGUGAAAUCUCUCCGUCUGUUAGUAAAGGCCCUUGCGUUAGACCAGACUGCAGAUGAGAAUGGAGAUGAUACCUUUAUCAGUCCUAGUCCUGCAUGGCCACCAGUGCUGCUACUUCCAGUUUCUUGGACAAAGGAAAGGUCUGAUCACCCUAUGCAAUCCUUUGAUUACUGGACUGGGGUCUAUGUCCUGGCAAAGCGUAGCCAUGAUCUUAACCAGACUGACAUUGCUGUUGAUAUGUUUAUGGCCUUGCUCUCUGACGUUGUACUACUUGAAAGCAGCUCUCUGGCCUUUGAUAGAGGCAGCCGAGGUAAUUCACUCCUGCCUCCUCUGAAAACCAUUUAUUUGGAUGCUGCCACUGCCCUCCUGAAGGCAGGCAAGACCCAGGAGGCACUGGCGGUGUGUGACAAGCUGUUGUCCAAAUCAUCUAUCCUCCAACAUGACAGCAUACCAGAUUCAUCCUCUGCGAUAGAUGAUGGUGAACCCAAGAGGCCGUCCCGCAGGUUCCCUUUCUUGGUGCCAUGUGCAACACCGUCUUCCGAAGAGCGUUCCAAGGCAGAGAGGACUGCACACCCAGGCGACCAAGGAGGUGGGGAUGGUAGGGAUAAGAGUAUACCUGAAUGCAGUAGUGGUUCCGGUGGAGGUCACACCCUUGGACAUAGCGGUGUUGGCCAUCAUGGGACCGACAUGCAAGGUCCAAGAGGUUCUGGAGACACUGUAGGCAGAAGGAAGAGGCAGCGGGAGCAAGAUGAGGCCGCAGCUGUCACAGGGGCUUCCCCAACAACACUUGAAAAUCAGGUCCACAUUGACUGUAGCAACUCAGAUAAUGGUAGACGAGAGGAGGAAGAGGAUGAAACCUACACUGCACAUGCUCUGAUUCUGCAAGCACAUUGCCUCUUCAAGGAACAUAAAGCCGAGCUGGCCAUGACAGAAGUUGAUUGUGCUCUGGGAAUUUUGCAGACCAGUAGAGCAGGAGUCGAGGUUGACCAAUGGAUGGAGGAGAAUGAGGGCACAGAUGAUAUCAGCAAGGCUAAGAGGAGAAGAAUCGAUUCAGCUUUUGAUGGAAUACCAGACAAUAAAAGAAGCUCUUCAUUGAAUAACCAGUCAACACAUUCAUCAAUCCUGAAAUCGAUUGCAUAUCAGCUCAAAGCAUCAAUUUUAAUCAGUCAGAAUCAGCUACAUGAUGCAAUGAAAGUCGUCUUGCAAAGCCUCCAAAGCUGUCAAAACAAUACAGAUUCCUUGAGGACCCAUGCAGUAAUCCUGGAGAAGCUAAACAGAAAGGGUGAAGCUGUCAAAGCUUCGUCCAGACUAAAAGAAGCCAAAGCAGCAUCUGGGACAGUCCACUCCCUCUCAUCAUGGUACAAUGAAACCUGCUUACAAAACCCAUGCAGUAAUCCUGGAGAAGCUUGAUAGAAAGGGUGAAACUGGCAAAGCUUGAUCCAGACUAAAAGAAGCCAAAGCAGCAUCUGGAUGGUCCACU